AUGGCGUUGCCAAAUCGCCAGGUGGAUCUACGACAUCUCAUCAUUGGAGGCACUGAGGUGGCGAAGAGCAGAAAGGGCGUGCUCACAUUACCUGGCCCAGCUUUGCCAAAGCAUCUGCAUCUCACUGGGUUAGCCGAGCGGUUCCGGCGGCUCUUCGCCAAGGUAGAACUGGAUGCAAAGGAGGCGUGCUUCUCCGAGGCAGUCGUGUCAUCCAGGCCCGAGCCAGUCAAGGUUUCCAAGAUGUGCAGGCCACGUCGUGGCCUAGUGAUCGCACCAAAAGCUUCGCAGAGGGUGGUGGGAUUCGAGAGUUUUGAAGCAGUCCUUGAGCCGGAGAUUGAGGUUGAGGAACCUCCAGUGAGCUGGAAGCAGAAUUGCAAAAGGCCAGAGUGUGAAGGUCGACGACCUUCCUCUAGGAAUCCACUUCGGAGGCUUUCAAGAAUGACAGGAUGA